CACGUGGUCUCGGGGGCGCGCGGACCCUCGCGGGCGCCCGCCGCCUUCUCUGUGCCGAGGGGAGCAGGGCCUGCGGCCGGCUGUGCUCGCUGCCCAGCCCGGCUGUUUUAUCUGGGGUUUGCAGCUGUGCGGAGACGCCAGGACUCCAGCGCUGGAGGCUGAAGGAGCCCGAAAACAGAAGUGGGACCCCAUUCCGCAUUUUACUGAUGAAGAAACUGAGCCCACAGAGCUAAAGUGACAUAGCCCAAGGUCGCCCAGGUACGCCGCCUCCCGAGCAAGGUCAUGCUCACGUUCAUGGCCUCUGACAGCGAGGAAGAAGUGUGCGAUGAGCGGACAUCCCUGAUGUCAGCCGAGAGCCCCUUACCGCGCUCCUGCCAGGAGGGCCAGCAGGGCGAGGAGGACGGGGACAGCGCUGCCCAGUGGAGGAGCCAGGAGAGUGAGGAAGACUGCGAGGACGACCCUGACCGCUACAUCUGCAGUGGGGUGCCCGGGCGGCCCCCAGGCCUGGAGGAGGAGCUGACCCUGAAGUACGGGGCGAAGCACGUGAUCAUGCUGUUUGUGCCCGUCACGCUGUGCAUGGUCGUGGUGGUGGCCACCAUCAAGUCCGUGCGCUUCUACACGGAGAAGAACGGGCAGCUCAUCUACACGCCCUUCACCGAGGACACGCCCUCUGUGGGCCAGCGCCUCCUCAACUCCUUGCUGAACACGCUCAUCAUGAUCAGCGUCAUCGUGGUCAUGACCAUCUUCCUGGUGGUGCUGUACAAGUACCGCUGCUACAAGUUCAUCCACGGCUGGCUGAUCAUGUCCUCCCUGAUGUUGCUGUUCCUGUUCACCUACAUCUACCUCGGGGAAGUGCUCAAGACCUACAACGUGGCCAUGGACUACCCCACGCUCUUCCUGACUGUGUGGAACUUCGGGGCAGUGGGCAUGGUGUGCAUCCACUGGAAGGGCCCCCUGGUGCUGCAGCAGGCCUACCUCAUCAUGAUCAGUGCCCUCAUGGCCCUGGUGUUCAUCAAGUACCUCCCGGAGUGGUCCGCGUGGGUCAUCCUGGGCGCCAUCUCCGUGUAUGAUCUCGUGGCUGUGCUGUGUCCCAAAGGGCCGCUGAGGAUGCUGGUGGAGACCGCCCAGGAGAGGAACGAGCCCAUCUUUCCCGCCCUCAUAUACUCCUCCGCCAUGGUGUGGACAGUGGGCAUGGCAAAGCUGGACCCGCCCUCGCAGGGAGCCCUGCAGCUCCCCUACGACCCGGAGAUGGAAGAAGACUCCUACGACAGUUUUGGGGAGCCCUCGUACCCCGAUGUCUUUGAGCCCUCUCUGCCCGGCUACCCUGGGGAGGAGCUGGAGGAAGAGGAGGAAAGGGGUGUGAAGCUCGGCCUGGGUGAUUUCAUCUUCUACAGCGUGCUGGUGGGCAAGGCGGCAGCCGCGGGCAGUGGGGACUGGAACACCACCCUCGCCUGCUUCGUCGCCAUCCUCAUCGGCUUGUGUCUGACCCUCCUGCUGCUCGCCGUGUUCAAGAAAGCGCUGCCCGCGCUGCCCAUCUCCAUCACCUUCGGGCUCAUCUUCUACUUCUCCACCGACAACCUGGUGCGCCCCUUCAUGGACACCCUGGCCUCCCACCAGCUCUACAUCUGACGGGCUGGGGCCCGGCCGCAGCCUGGGACAGCCUCACGGGACGCAGCUGUAUAGUUUUACACUCUAGUGCCAUAUAUUUUUAAGACUUUUCUUUCCUUAAAAAGAUAAAAAGAUACUGUGUUUACUUCGUGACAAGGAAGUAGAAGCCGCUUUUGGUGCUAGCUGUUCUGCCACCAGACUCUGCCUCACUCGCGUGUGCGCCUUGUGUCACUGACAGGACACAGCAAGCUCAUCCUUGUGAACUGGGAAGGUCGCAUGGUGUGGGGGCCUGGAGCAGGACGCCUGUCCCCCUCCUGUCAAGGACUGGAAACCUCAAGGGCACAGGAGGGAAAAGCCCCAGGCACCGGCUCGCUCUGGCCGAGAACAAAAGCCAGGUCCCCGUCAGGCGCGGGCCCAGUGCUUUCUCUGUGGUGUCCUUGUUAUUUUAUUACCUGUAGAAACUGAGUCCUGUACUUCCUUCCUGCUGGGACGUGGCUUCCUGUGAACAUCAAUAAAUCGAUGCCUCCAGUCGCGA